AUCUAGUCUUCUUGGUUUUGGUUCAGUUGGUACACAAAAACUCACAAACCAUUACAAUUUUCUCCAGUUUUCUCUUAUACAUAUACAUAUUAUUAUCUCUCAUUAUCUCGCAUCUUUUUUUUUGUUUUUAAAGUGACUUAAGUGACACUAGUUUGUAAUAAAUAUACAUUAGGUCAAUAGUAAGCAAUAUUUUCAUAAAAAGUGUACUAUAAGUGUACAAAGAAUUUUCCUACAGUACACCAAACAUGUCGUAUCAAACAGGAAUAAAAGCUAAUGAUGCAUUGAAAAAAUUAUUUGUCAAAUGUCGAGAUGAUAAAAUACGUGUGCUAAAAGUAUCAAUUGAAAAUGAGGAACUAGUUCCAGCAAUGUCAUCAAAGCCAAGUGGUAAAUGGCAAGAUGACUAUACCAAAAUGGUCAAACCAUUGAUUAUCGAAGAUCAGCCAACCUAUGUACUUUUUCGUUUAGACACAAAAUCACCAGACUCUGGCUAUGAUUGGCUGUUUAUAUCUUGGUCACCAGACAUUGCACCAGUACGUCAAAAAAUGUUAUAUGCUUCUACUAAAGCAACACUAAAACAAGAGUUUGGCACUGCAUCAAUCAAGGAUGAAUUGCAUGGUACAGUGCCUGAAGAUGUUACUCUCGAAGGUUAUCAUAAGCAUAAAAAAAAUGAUGCAGCACCAAUGCCACUUACUUCAGCUGAAGAAGAACUUGUCGAAAUUCGUAAAACAACCAUACACACUGAGUAUAAUAUUGAAACAAGACAACAAACACUUAGUGGUGUUGCUUUUCCAGUAACUGAUGAUGCUAAACAGGCAAUUAUCGAAAUGGGAAAAGGCAUGCAUGAGUAUGUUCAAUUAAAAAUUGAUCUUGAUGAAGAGAAAAUUCAUCUUGUUAUGGCAUGUGAUGUUUCACUUGAUAAACUACCAACAAAGGUACCAGCUGAUGCUGCACGAUAUCAUUUGUACAAUUUUAAGCAUACUCAUGAAGGUGAUUACAUGGAAUGUAUAGUUUUUAUUUAUAGCAUGCCUGGUUACACAUGCAGCAUCAAGGAACGAAUGCUUUAUUCUUCGUGUAAAGCACCAUUUCUUGAAUUUAUUCAAUCACUUGGCAUUGUUAUUACAAAAAAGUUGGAGGUAAAUAAUGGUGACGAGUUAGCUGACAUGCUGGAGGAACCCCCUACGGUUAAUGAAUUGGCUGGAACCCCAAUAACCCCAUCGACACCCUCUCUACCUACGAUGGUUUUAACAGAGAAAAAAAUUAAGAAAAAACGUUCUUGUGUUUUGAGUUAACAGGUUAUUCUACAACAUUAAAAAUAACCCUGUUUCCAUUUUUUUUUUUUUUUUUUCUGUUUUUUAUUACUUGACCAAAUUUUAUUAAGAAAAAAAUCUUCGAGUUUUAUGAUAAAGUAAAUGACACGAUAGUUCAAUAGAGCCAGAGAUUUAUUGAUUUUAAAACGUCCAAAUGUAAUAUUUUUCAAUGACUAUUUUUUCGCAAUGUGAAUGUUAAACAAAGAGGAUUUUAUCAAAAAUCAUUAGAUCGCUAGUUGUCUGAAACGUGAUAUAUAAAUAUAUAUGUUUGGAUUUAAAGAAGAUAUACAAAAAGUAUAUUUUUUCUAAAUUUUGUCGAAAA